UUCGGAAUUCAGGGGUACAUGAUGUGCUUGAACGGGCAGGUUCUUUGACCGUCAUGUAUUCACUACCUACCUAAGGUACCAACAUAAUUAAGGGAACUGCCUACAUAUGUAUGAACAUAUGUAUGAAAAAGGAAGAAAAAAGAGAGCCAGUAAGCACACACCAUCCUUUUCUCCAGAACAAUUACUUUCUUUAAAUAUCAAACCCUUGGCGGUUCUUUCUCUGCAUUCUAUUUUCACAAAUAAGCACAAAGCUGCCUGAAGCCCAACAAUCAUUUUUCACGAAGUGAAAAAGAGUGAAAAAGACUCGUUGAUCAGUUACUAUUUUCUGAUCACAUUUACAAUUUAUCGCUUUUUGCACCAUCAACCAAACGAAACAAAAACUCUUAGAGCUAGUCUCUCUCUUCAUCAUCAACAAGUAAAUAUGAGGUUCUACGCAGCUACCGGCGCUAGCCUCCUUCUAGCUGGCCAAGCCUUGGCCGCUCCCCUCCAGGCCCGAGACGAUGUCAAGACGUCAGCACAGAUCGUCGCCGAGAUCGCGCCCCUGUCUGCAUCCUGCGCUAAUACGGAUGAAUGCCGCACUGCAGAGCAGGCUGGACCUCUCCUCGCUCAAGCCAUGAACCAGUAUGGCCUCUCAAGCGCAGGCCAAAUCGCUGCUGUACUCGCCCUUACAGCCUACGAAUCCCUCGAGUACCAGAACAAGAUCAAUCUAUCCAAGAACCCGGGCCAAGGCACCUCGAACAUGCAACAGUUCCCCUCCAAUCUCAAAUACGCGCAGUCCAUCGAGGAACUUAAAGGUCACGUUGCGGGUGUUACCGAGGCCACUGCGACCGACGACAAGAAGAACGAGAUUCUCCAUCUUGUCAUCGAUGACAAAUACAACUUCGGCAGCGGCCCCUGGUAUCUGACCACCCAAUGCAAACCUGAUGUCGUGGAGGGCCUCAAGAGCGCCAGCGACGAGAGCUUCCUCGCUUACAUGGCCUGUGUCGGUAUCCAAGAUGUCAACCCGAAGAGACUCGGAUACUGGACCGCUGCUAAGAAGGCUUUCAACCUGUAAAUUGUAACUGCUGGUUGACAAAGCAGAGGAGGUCUUUAGGCUAAACUAUCUAUCUAUCACGUGGGCUGCAUGACAGGGAGAGCAUUUGAGUCACGACUUCGUAUCGUACUGGCGUUUAUCGGCGAUGCAUUUGCAAUUCAAUCAAAAAAAGCUCAUCUGGUUCAUCUGCAUCUGCUAAGGAAAGGAGAUGGGGGAAAAGUCCCUCUUAUUUUAUUUUUUUAAGGCUUUCAACUUAUUAUUG